AUGAAGAGAGACAAAACGAUGCCGUGUGAUCAGCGAACAUUUUCCGGUAAAGGGAAGAUGAUGAAGGAAGAAGAACAAGAUGGAGGAGGAGUUGAUGAGCUGCUUGCUGUUUUGGGUUACAAAGUGAAGGAAUCAGAUAUGGCUGAAGUUGCACAGAAACUUGAACAACUUGAACGUGUUAUGGGUAAUGUUCAACAAGACAAUCUUACUUUUCUCGCUUCUGAUACUGUUCAUUAUAAUCCUUCAGAUCUCUCUACUUGGAUUCAAUCUAUGAUUUCUGAACUCAACCCACAACACCCUUUUACCCCAAAUAACCAUCCGUCUUCACUCACGCCACCACCACCUCAGGUCUAUGAUGACGAUUCCUCUUUCGAUUCGGAUCUAACUGCUAUUCCAGGUAAAGCCGUUUUCCCCCAAAUUGAUGGUCCUUUAUUGAACCCACAGAGCAAGAGAUUCAAACCCAGUACGACAGAGGUGUCGUCGUCUUCGUCUUCGUCUUCAAGUAUUUGUAUCUGGGGUGGUGGUGGUGGUGGUUUGCGGCCGGCUGAGUUAACUCGGCCGGUGGUGCUGACUGACUCGCAAGACAAUGGUGUACGGCUCGUGCACACGUUAAUGGCAUGUGCGGAAGCUAUUCAACAAGAGGAGAUGAAAUUAGCUGAUGCUUUGUUGAAGCAAAUUGCGUUCUUAGCUGUUUCACAAGCUGGGGCAAUGAGGAAAGUUGCUAUGUAUUUUGCUUAUGCUUUGGAGAGAAAAAUUUACAGGUUGUACCCUCCGUCAAACCCUAAUGAUUUUGCUUUCACUGAUCUCCUCGAAAUGCACUUUUAUGAGACUUGCCCUUACCUUAAAUUUGCUCAUUUCACUGCAAAUCAAGCCAUUCUUGAAGCUUUUGCGAACAAGACCAAAGUCCAUGUAAUUGAUUUCAGUAUGAAACAAGGUAUGCAAUGGCCUGCUCUGUUACAAGCCUUAGCAUUGAGGCCCAUUGGUCCACCGAGUUUCAGGUUAACUGGAAUCGGUCCGCCAUCGCAUGAUAACAAUAGCAAUAACGCGGAACAUUUGCAAGAAGUUGGCUGGAGAUUGGGUCAAUUGGCAGAAUCAAUCAAAGUUGAAUUCGAAUUUAGAGGCUUUGUUGCAAACUCUAUGGCUGAUCUUAAUGCCUCCAUAUUCGAUAUCCGUGAAGGGGAAACUGUUGCAGUGAAUUCCAUAUUCGAAUUGCAUCAGUUGCUAGCUAGGCCUGGAGGCAUAGAGAAGGGAUUAUCAGUUGUGAAGGACUUGAAACCUGAUAUAUUCACUGUUGUUGAGCAAGAAGCGAAUCACAACGGACCGGUUUUCAUCGACCGGUUCACCGAGUCAUUGCAUUAUUACUCGACCCUCUUCGACUCGCUGGAGGGGGGCUCGGUUGGUGGGGAAUUAGGGCCGGUGAGCGACCAAGAUAAGUUGAUGUCGGAGGUGUAUCUAGGGCGUCAAAUCUGUAAUUUGGUGUCGUGUGAGGGUGUAGACCGGGUUGAGAGGCACGAGACAUUGGCUCAGUGGAGAAGGCGGUUUAACACCGCGGGUUUUGAGCCGGUUCAUUUAGGUUCUAAUGCAUUUAAACAAGCCAGUAUGUUGCUAGCUCUUUUCGCAGGUGGGUGUGGGUAUAGGGUGGAAGAGAACAAUGGUUGUUUGAUGUUGGGUUGGCAUACAAGACCCCUAAUUGCCACCUCUGCUUGGAAACUCAACUCCGUUUGUUAG